AGAUCUGUCCGAUGUCCAGGCUCCCCCACCCCCCGACUUCCUCCCUGAUUUUGUGCGGGGGUUCCCUGACUUGGCUAGCCCAAGUGGGAGGCUGGCCUCCUUCAGCUCAGUGCUGGGACCCUGCGGAGAAUGGAGAGCGUUGGUCCCCUGACAUCCAAGCCUGCAGAAUAUUCCGAAUCCACUGGCCGGGGACCCGAAACAUGGCUGACAGCAAGGGCAAGCCUGCCAAAGCUGCCAACAGGACGCCUCCCAAGUCGCCAGGGGACCCCGCCAAAGAGAAGGCCGCUAAGAGGUUGUCCCUGGAGUCAGAGGGUGCCAGUGAGGGGGCAGCAGCCCCCGAGCUCAGCGCCCUGGAGGAGGCCUUCCGGCGGUUUGCAGUGCACGGGGAUACCCGGGCAACAGGGAAAGAAAUGCACGGGAAGAAUUGGUCGAAGCUGUGCAAGGAUUGCCAUGUGAUCGAUGGGAAGAACGUGACCGUCACCGACGUGGACAUCGUCUUCAGCAAGAUCAAAGGGAAGUCCUGCAGGACCAUCACCUUCGAGCAGUUCCAGGAGGCACUGGAGGAGCUGGCCAGGAAGAGGUUCAAGGACAAGAGCAGCGAGGAGGCCGUGCGGGAGGUGCACCGGCUCAUCGAGGGCCGUGCGCCUGUCAUCUCGGGGGUCACGAAAGCCGUGUCUUCACCCACUGUGUCGCGGCUCACAGACACAACCAAGUUCACAGGCUCCCACAAAGAGCGCUUCGACCCAUCGGGCAAGGGCAAGGGCAAAGCUGGCCGCGUGGACCUGGUGGACGAGUCGGGUUACGUGCCUGGCUACAAGCACGCGGGCACCUACGACCAGAAGGUGCAGGGGGGCAAGUAGCCCCCCCCCCGGGGGGGGGGCUGUCGUUCUGAGCACUGCAGGUGCCGGGCACCGGACUCACACCCAUGACACUUCAUUACAUUCCUGUGCUGACUCGGGCAGAACUCCCAAGUGCCAGGCGGCUCAGGCCGGGCGAUGCCCAGGCCUCCUCCUGCUAGGUGCUGACACUCCUUCCAGACCCCCAGCUCCGAUCCCCAAUUUACUGUCCCUUCCUUACACGCCUGCCCUGUCCAGACUCGGGAAGGGGACAGCUGCUGCCUCCAGACUGUGUCCCAGGAUCGCAGUGCAUUGGCCACCUGGUCUUCACGGGGGAGGGGGUGGUUUGGGAAUUGGCAUGUGUGAGGGUGAGUGGCACGGACUGUCAGGCCAUACUGACCUCUCCCGGGAGCCUCAAGGACAACAGGAGUAAGGCGCUAACCCGCCGUGAAGACAGAGUGACCCAGGCAGGGCAGGAGGCCACCUAGUGGCCAUGCCAGCGUGGACCUGUCACACUGGCAGUUGAGCAAACACGCCCAUCAAGGCUGUCAACCACGUCUGUGUGCUGAGGAUGGCUGAGGGACCGUGGAGACUCACUGGUGACAGGUGAGCGACCUGGAGUGUGUCGACAGUAAGAAGAGGCGAUGCUGGCCUUGGAGCGCUCCGGGGAGACGCGCGACUUUGAGCCGCUGUGACUUCUUCCUUGACCUGUCCCAUCAGCAGGUUGGGACACGUGGUCGGGCCAGGCCCGGAGAGUCCCUUCACCGGUGUGGAACGGGCUUCUGCUUUACCCGCAAGCCCUGCCGUAAGUCACGGCCGUGCGUUUCCUCCGCUCUCUGAAGCCCCUUUGGGGAUCAGCUCCCCAACUGUUCUCUGGAGCGCAGACCACCAGACACCAGAGCCAGGCCAGGGGGAGACCUGCAUCAUCGCUGGGGUUUUGUCGUUCUGCCCCCAGCACCUAGCUCAUCCACGUGCGAGGAUGCCACACUGCGGCCUCCUUGGUACCUACACCAUCCCCAGGAGGCCUAGGAACCACCCCAGUGGUCUUACAUGGCCCCACAGCAACUCCUUUGGCACGAAGAGCCCGAGCCCUGCAUAUGACCCACUGGACUGUGCGGCCUGGGCGUCGGUCCCCGAGAGCUCACAGUGGCCUCGGCAGAUCUAGAUAGGCAGCCUGGCCUACUACAGCCCAGGUAGACAGCAAGACUCCCUCACUGCCAGGGCCCACUGCCACCCCACCCUGCGCUCCUGCCCCAAGCAACAUCUGUCCAUCAAUGUAGCCCCCGCCCACCGGGACAAAGCAAGGGCCUGAGGACCACAGCUCCCAGCCAACCGGCCCUACCUAUCCCUCACACAGGAGGAAGCCCCAACUGGAAGAUGGGGUGGCUCUCCACACAGCUUCCUCCUGAGGUCAUGGAAGUUCGCCAUGUCUGACAUGAAAGACCGAGGAGUAAGGGAAUGGGAUGUCACCUCGUUGGUGUGGGCAAGACAGAGGGACUCCUGACAUUCCUCAGUCCCCUUCAGAACCCCAAGGCUGGAAGUCUCUUGGUGUGAGGUUGUGGUUCUUUUCUAUGGCCUGCCAACAGUCCGUCCCCACAGCCACAGCCGAGCUACACGGAACAGACACAAAUCUAUCGGGAACUCGUCCCUAGAGUUAGUGGACCCUAGGCCAGGGCAGAGGGACGAGCCAGGGUGACAGCUGAGGGUUCCCACUAUACACAGCAGCUCAGAUGCCCCUCUGACCCCACGGAGGGUACGGUCUCCUAUUCAAGGGGUUGAGGGGCCAGAAUGAUCUCUAGACGAUCCACACUGAGGCCAGGGCUGGCUCCCCAAGAGCAUAGAGGAGACAAGUGUCCACCCUUGGGUGGUAAGCCAGCACCGGGGGAAGGAGGCUCCGUCACCGACUGGCCACCUUGCCUGUGGGGUCCUCACCUCUCAUACUGGCUCUCCACCAAGGCCGGAACAGAGGGUUGGAUCCACAGGGCCCAGGAGGCAGACCACACCUCCAUCUCAGCCCCUGGAGGUCAGGUUCCAGCAGGAGACCAUGAAACCUUCAGAACGCAUUCCCUGUCACUCUACUCAACCUCUGGGGUUGGGGAAUCCAGAGUAAGUCACAAUGACUUGCUGGUCCUCCCCGCCUGAUCCCUCAGAGCACCCUUGGGCUCCGCUCCCAGGCCCUCACGUGUGGCCCUUGGGGUGGCCAUGGAGGAAACGCUGUCAGACAGGUGGUCUCUGUUGUGCCCCCUUGCCCUGCCCGGUUUCCUCAGACACACGGGGCGAGGGCAGUUUCCUUCUGCAGCCAGUGUGUACGUUUAGCUUUGUAACGCACCCUCCCUCCUGUAUCCUGUAUCAUCUAGCAAGGAAGGGUAAUAACCAUCAGACCUGAAGUCUUAGCACCCCACUCUGUCCAUCUUAAAGUGUCUGUUGAGUUUGGCAUCUGUGAACUCUCGACACAGAGGCUUGGAUUCCGACGUCGCCUCACACGACAGACACACGCAUCCUCCUCAGUCAGUUCUGAGUAUGAACACGCAGGCAGUUGCAUGCUUAUGCGAUACCCAUUACUUUCUACUAACUGUGGCCAAGUAGAGCUCAGUGUCUGUCUGUGGAUUAAAAACAAAAGAACAUCUAACUUUCAUAGCAUGCAAACCAAGACCCGGGGCCAUGUGCUAUUAGGUGACAGAAGCCCAGGUGACAAAAGACAUGUUCUCUCAGGAGAGGACAACCAGCAGAUGGGGAACACCCAGGAGACAGAGAGAAAUUCUGUCAGGAACUGAUAACCAGGGAACAAGGACAUGUAUGAUUGGAGGGCACCCAGGAGACAGGGAAGGUUCUGUCAGAAGUGACAACCAGAGGGACAAGUUUUGUCUGGUGGGCGCACUGUAUUGGGUGACAGAUAUAUGCUUUUGAGGGUGUCAUUCAGGGACAUGUUUGUCAGGGUGACACUUUGUAUCAGGGUGACAGGUUCUAUAGGGAGUGACAGGGACGUGUUCUUUCAGGGUGACACUCAGGGAUGUGUUGUAUCAGGAUGACACUCAGGGGCACAUCCUGUGAGGAAUGCCACUCAGGAGACAGAGACAGAUUGUAGGAAGCACAAUAUGGACGGUGUCCAAUUGCCAACAGCAAGGAGAAGACGGGAGGAGGGUGUUGGAGAACACUGGUCUCUAGCAGAAUGCGUAUUUAUUUCUAUUUAAUGCUAUAAGAUAAGCAGCUAGUUAGUGGUAACCAUUUUAUCAAAAACUCAAAGUUCAAAUGACAUGUUUAAAUAUUUUUGAAAAGAUCUAUAUUUAUACUGGAGUAUUUUCACGCCUUGCAGUCUUAUGUAGGAGAGCAGAGGGACAUCACAGUAGUUUCUGCCACUUCCUGGUGACCUGUCUGGGCUGCCCUGGCCCCCCAGGGGCUGCAGGUCCACCUUGAACAGGUCCGAGGACGCCCGGGACGGAGGAUCCACCUCUUCCCGGAGGCCCCCAAGUUCCCUUAGCUGCCUGUUUUCGUGAAUCAAGUUUUACUGGCAUUUGGUCCUGCUGAUGUGUUUACGUCCUGGCCGUAGAUGCUUUGGCAUUAUAACUGGAGCUGGGAGGAGUCGAGACAGAUGCCAUGGCCAGGGUACUGUGGUAUUGACCACCUGUGCCCGUUUCAGGACAACUGCCUGCCUGCCUGGCCGGCUGUCCUCCUCCAGAGAACCACAUUCCUACCGGGCUGCACAGCCACAGGAGGGCGGCCCUGCCAGGGUGGAAGUGGGCGGCCCUGCCAGGGCGAGCACCCCCCGGUCCCGCUCUAGCAGGCUAGGAGAUCCUGCCACCACUGAGCCGAACUGCUCUCCUCCCCAACACACUACUGACCACCCUGAGCUCUGGUUCACGGGUGCGGCCACAAGCGCCUAGGGAUGCUUAAAUUAACUCUCUCCCUUUAGACCUCGUAAACUAAACCAAGCCAAACAGCAGAGGGAGCCUACGCAACUUAAACUUGAAGGGACAAUACGCUACUACUAGUUUGUACUAAGGUGUUUGUUGUUUUUUUUUUUUCAA